GGCCACUUCGCGCGGUGGACUGGGAGACGUUCGCCUCUUCCAGUAUGACAAGUGAUGGUGUUGCUCGGAGUAAAGAUGGAGUGCCCCAGUGGAACGGGGACCCAUCUCUGUUCCAAGCUUACGAGGAGGAGAGUCUUCUCUGGGUUGAAACCCAGGCUUACCACAAGCGACAUGUGUGCGUACCGAAGUUGAAGGCGGAGCUCACCGGGCCGGCAAAGCGGCUGGUCCUUGGACAAGAUCCUGGAUGGGGAGCCCAUGCUGAAGGAGCACGGGCCUUGAUGAACUUCCUACGUCAGAAGCUGGGGCGUCCCCAGCUCCCCGAGCUCUCCGAACUUCUCAUGAAGUACUUCAGGGGAACAAAACGGAAGCCCCACGAGUCUGCCAACGACUAUGUGACGAGGAAGUGCGAGGCCUAUGUGAGAGCUCAGCAGGCUAUGCUGAGAGUCACCCAAGACCAGAAGGGCGCCUCGGUACCCCGAGGGGAUACGGCGGUGGCCACUCCCACCACUUCAGGGUGGAACAAUUGGGGAGAUCGACGUCGAAGCUGGGACUCCGCUGCUUCUGCAACCACUGCCGAGGAGCAAAGUACGGCCACGCCAGGCGAUGAUGAGGUCGAGCAAGGAAGCCAAGCCGCGGCUCCCACAGCAGAGACUACAGGACAGGGCCAAGAUGGUGGAAGUCCCUGGACGACUACAUGGCCUAACAGGUCGUGGUAUGGCCAAUACUGGUCAGACUAUGGCUAUGGCUAUGACAAUUGGUACUCCAGGGAUUGGGGGCAGUCGUGGAAUUCCCGGACGGCGUGGGCCUCUGAGAGCGAAGCGACAAGCACCCCGGCGGCCAUGCCGGAAUUGAUACCUCAGUUUCUGCAGGGAUGGUUCCUUUUACAGGAUUCCGGCCUCUCGAUUCAGGAGCGCAACCUGGUACAAACUGCUCUUCGAGGAAACUAUGAAUUGCAGAAUGUGGCAGCUGAGCUCCGGGCGCAAUGGCCGGACUCAGAGCUGCAAAAGCGAGACCGGCAACCUCGGGGACAUGGCUACUUGGGCGAGGUUACUGAGGAAGAUGAGGAUGAAGAGGCCUAUGCGGCCGAGUAUGACCGCGCCGAGCUUCAGAACCAGGGCAUGACCGAAGAGGGCCUCGUCAUCAUGGAUGAGGCGGAGACUUCCGCCCAAGCAGCAAUGGCGGCUAUCCAACAAGGCCGCAGGACCUUGAAAGAAGCACGGGCGCGCCAAUCCGAGGUGCGCUUAUCCAGGCGCUACUACCAGACCGGUUCAGGUGGAGUUGGCGGCCGCGGUGGCAAAGGUGGACGCGGCCGAGGUGGCAGCGCCCCUUCAAGCUCAGGCGGGACCUCCAGGAGCGAUGCCGACAUCACCUGCUUCCGGUGUGGGAAAAAGGGCCACCGGACUGCCACGUGUCCGGAGAAGGACAAGGCAGAAGCCCAUCAGGCUGAGGAGUCGGCGCCGUUCGUGUGCUACGCCAAUCAGUCGAUGGAACCGCAGGCCCAGCUGGUCGAGGAGAUCCACAAGUUUGGGGGCACGGCAGUGGUCUCCACACGGAAGCUGGAGUUGCAACAGCAGCUACAGACUUUGAUGAGCGAGAAUGGGCAGGACCCCGAUGCGGGCCCGGCCACCAUGGUCAGCGACUACCAAAAGAUGACGCAGGAAAUGACCCGAGCCAGCCAACGCAAGAGUGGUCUGGUGACCUAUAUGAAGGAGCAGCUGCGCUUGAAUGUGAACGAGAACCACACCAUGCAGCAGCUGACGAACCAGGCGAUGAACAAGGUCUACGACUUGGCUGUGGCCGACGCUACCGAUCCGGUCGGCUUUGGAGUCAACGGGUCCCUCAGUUAUGCCGAGGUCAAGCAGAAGGAGCCCGAGUACUGCCGCUGGGUUCUUCAGACUUCGCGGGAGGGACAGGCCAAUCCUCGGUUGCAUCGCCUGGCACAGUGGCUGGCGAAGACCAGCGACGAUCCGGAGCCAACCAUCCAGGCCACAGCCUGGAAGGGUCGCCGAGAGGGCUACCAGAAGACCGUGAUGAAGAGCGGAGCAUCUGCCUCGAGUGCUCGGUCCGAGGGAUCGACGGCUGCCAUGCAGCACGAGAUGAUGGCGGCCAUCCAGGCCCUACGCAACGAGGUGGCGGAACUACAGAGCGAUCGUCGUGGAUCACGUCCCCGCCGCGUGAACCACAAGGACGAGGACAUGGAGACCCACGGCAGCUUCGAGAAGGUGGACAUCAUGCCGAAGAAGUGA